CCCACAAAAGGCGAGAAGAGCCAGCGCCGCGUUUGAAUCCGCCAAGGCUUCGCUGCCAGCCAACGGGGAGCCGAGCCAGCUGCCGACGUCGGAGAGGCUCGGGGCGGUGCUUUGCCUUGGCUCCGGUGCAUUGGCGCUGUUUGUUCAGACCCGGGCUGGCGGGAAGAGAAGCCGGAUCGAGAGGCAGAGAGAGAGAGGGAGGGAGGAAGGAGUCUCCUCGCUGUGCCUUCCCUUAGGCGGCAAUGCCUGGCGAAGAAGGGCUUUGACCCGUCUAGAGAGCCACCAGCAGCCUCCCCUCCUCACCCGCUUAUGUACAUACUCCAGAAAACCAUGAGGGAAACUAUGCCCCAGACGCCAAUAUUUUCCAGCAUGCUUGGUUCUGGAUGUAGUGGCCAAGUGCAGCCAGAUACCGGAGAGCGGAGCAGCGAUCCCAUUUAUCAGGAUGGAAAUCUUAUAUCUGGUUCACUGGAGGCCCUGAUUGAGCGCCUGGUACCCACGACUGACUAUUACCCAGAUAGGACAUAUAUCUUCACUUUCCUGCUAAGCUCCCGAGUCUUCAUUCAUCCGCAUGAACUCCUAGCUAAAGUGGGCCAACUUUGCCUUAAACAGAAGCAGCAGCUAGAGACUGGCAUUGAGACAGACAAGGCAAAACUCAAGUCUUUUGCUGCCAAGAUCAUACAGCUCCUCAAGGAAUGGACUGAAACAUUUCCCUAUGACUUCCAGGACGAGAAGUCUAUGAAAGAGCUAAAAGAAAUUGCUCACAGGAUCACACAAUGUGAUGAGGAAAAUGGAACAGUCAAGAAGAUCAUUAGCCAGAUGACACAGAAUCUGCUGAUGAGCCUUGCCGCACGCAAUCAGUUCCAGGAGAUCCGAGAAAAAUUCCGCCAACCAGUGACAGACAAAGGCACAAUCCUUAAAAAUAAGCCUCAGUCAUCACAGAAGGACAUUCUGAGUGUUUGCUGUGAUCCACUAAUACUUGCACAGCAGCUAACACACAUCGAGCUGGAGAGGGUGAGCAAUAUUUAUCCCGAGGACCUCAUGCAAAUAGUCAGCCACGUGGACUCCCUGGAUAAUCACAAGUGCCGAGGUGAUGUUACCAAGACCUACAAUCUGGAAGCCUACGACAACUGGUUUAAUUGUCUCAGUAUGUUGGUUGCUACGGAGAUUUGUAAGGUUGUGAAGAAAAAACAGCGAACAAGAAUAGUGGAAUUUUUUAUUGAUGUGGCCAGAGAGUGUUUCAACAUUGGGAACUUUAAUUCGAUGAUGGCCAUAAUCUCCGGUAUGAACCUAAGUCCUGUGGCACGGUUAAAGAAAACAUGGUCCAAAGUCAAAACAGCCAAAUUUGAUGUUUUAGAGCAUCACAUGGACCCAUCCAGUAACUUCUGUAAUUAUCGAACCGCCCUCCAAGGAGCAGCACAAAGAUCCUUGACAGCACACAGCAGCCGGGAGAAAAUAGUCAUCCCCGUUUUCAACCUUUUCAUUAAAGAUAUCUACUUUCUGCACAAAAUACACACCAACCACUUGCCCAAUGGGCAAAUUAACUUUAAGAAAUUCUGGGAAAUUUCAAGGCAAAUCCAUGACUUUAUCACGUGGAAGCAGGUUGAAUGUCCUUUUGAGAAAGACAGGAAAAUUCAGAGCUAUCUGCUCACAGCACCUAUUUAUAGUGAAGAAGCUUUGUUUAUUGCAUCAUUUGAAAGUGAGGGCCCUGAAAAUCAUAUGGAGAAAGACAGCUGGAAAACACUGAGGACAACUCUCCUCAACAGAGCCUGAAGUGUUCAACAUUGCUGCAAAUUCUAAAGCACACACUACGAACAUUGCUUUUAAAUCAUGAAUGACAUGGUUUGAGAAAGGCCUCACUGGCUGGGGCCUGUUUUGUAUAUACAAUACCUUUUAUGAAUUACAAGAGAAAAAAUGUGCAAACUUUUCCACAUCAACCUUAAGGCACUUAAAAUGAAGGAUAUUGUUGGUUUUUUAAAAAAAACUAUAAGAAAUCAAGGGCAGGACCCUGUUCUCAGAGAUGAAAUGGACUGUGGGGGAGUGGACUUAAUGGUGAUGUCUUAUUGUAAUGGCAUCCAAAUCUUUAUUUUCAUGUUUGAUUACUUCCACCGAAUACAUGAAUACUCUCAGAUGGACUCAACACAAGACCGGUUCAGUGCGCCACCAUGCCUUGAUCCGCCCAACACUUUAUGAAUAUGAUUUCCAUCAUGUGGGACUGACACAUUUGAAAAAACAAGGUUUUCAAAAUCCUACAGAAAUACAAUAACAGUUUGCAGCAUGAGCAGCGCUUGGCUUCACUGAACCACUACACUGACACUGGAACAUGGAGUACCUGUCAACAUACAAUCCCGUUUGGAUCACCUGAUACUGCUUCUCCUGUUCUUUCAUUCUUAUAACAACAAAACAAGGAAUGAAAUCAACUUCUUAGUCACAUCUCAUUAUUCCUUUGUUGCAUCUAAAGGACGAGGUGUUUGCCUAUGAGAGUUCAUAUCAUGGAAUAUUAGGCAUCAAGGUACUGCCGGUUUGCUCUUUUUUUGUUUCAAAGUACUGUAUUUUUCAUUUGCUCUUGUUCUGGAUUUUAUUCUCAUUGUUCUGGGCACCCCACCUCUCUUUUGGAUGCUGCAUUCCUUGCCUCUCUGACUUGUUUUGAGCUCUUAAAAGAAAGAAAAAAACUCUUCUAAGGGUCACUUGAGACAGUUGGAAAAUUUCAGCAGUAUAGCUUUCCCUGGACUGUUCCAGUGUAGAAAGUAAAGGCUGGCAUUUGUUGCAUAUUUGAAUAUACACUUAAUGAGGAAAAAAGCAGCCUGUGGAGAAGACUAAAGGUCCUUUCACACUAUACAGCUGUAGCACUAUGAUCCCCUUUAACUGCCAUUGUUCAGUCUUAUAGAAUCUUAAGAUUUGAUUAGGGAGCAUUACUAGAAAUCUUGGAGAGCUUUAGGGCCCAACUUUGUGUGUGUCAGCAGCAACUUGAGAAACUGCAAGUCACUUCUGGUGUGAGACAAUUGGCCGUUUGCAAGAAUGUUGCACAGGGGACACCCGACUAUUUUACUAUCCUGUGGGAGGCUUCUCUCAUGUCCCCACAUGGGAAGCUGGAGCUGACAGAUAGAAGCUCAUCCUGUCUCGCAGAUUCAAACCGCCAAUCUUCAGGUCAACAGGUUAGCUGGCACAAAGGUUUAACCCACUGCGCCACCGCGGCUCCAACAAAUUUUAAUCACAAGAUUACAUAAAAUAUACUCAUGGCAGUUAAAGAGGAACUGUGAGGAUGUAUUUGCAUAGUGUGAAAGACUCCUCAGACAAAUCUUUCCCACCAGUUUUCCAAUUUUCUGUGGGCACAGGCUUGAAUCCGACAGGUAGGUUACCUAAAAGAGGUUUCUCCUCUCACCCUCUUCAUUGCCACAUAUGAUCCCUCUAAAAACCUUAGGGACCCAGGUUUAUGAACAUUGUGCGAGUGUGUGACAUCCUGUUGUUUGGAAUUGUAAAUUGAGCAUAAGAUGCAUUGAAUGAAGCAAAUGCACACAAGGGAUUUUCUCAGUGGUUUCCCCUAGUCCAGCUGAUACAAUUCAAGAUCCAGCCCAUGACCACUUUCUGGAAAGGCCUUAUUGGGUUAUAGGUGGCUUCAGCUUCAAGCCAGUGUGUUUAUUUUAAUAGGGAAAAUUCAAAUUCCUUUAUGUGCCAGCCCAAGAGGUUUAGGACAGGUCACAUUUCACUAUUUCCUUUUGUCCGUUGCAUAGAAACAGACCCUCCAUUGCAACAAAACAAUCUGGUUGCCCCAAGUUCAGCACAAAGAUCCUUGGUCUCCUUUAGCCUGGCCUUAAAUCACUGUAGCAGCAAGACUGCUCCCCUCUUACAUCAGAAGAUAGUGCCUUACAAGGUAAUGAAAUUAUGUAGUAUACCUUCUUCUUCAACUCUUGAGUUGGAAGCAAACAAAAUAAAAAUAUGGAUGUUUUUAUUAACCAGCUACAGCUUUGUAAAUAAACUGGAAUACAUGGCAUGUGAACUAGAGUAUACCUGUCUCUCUAUCAAGAAUGGUGCAGCCAAACUUAUUUUUGUUACAUGGUUUGACAAGGUAAAAUGGAGCAGUUGGCAGGUCUUUCUUCUCCCCAACCCCGCAGUGCAGUUUGACUAGUUCGUAGGACUCUAGUUUACAUUUGUAUUUUGUUUAUCAGGGAUUUUAAUUGAGAGUGGAACAAGGUGUACAAUUGUCACAAUUUCAGUAAAGGACGAACCAAUCAACGUAUGUCGUAAUUCACAUAUUCUCCUUUGGCUAACUGAAAUCAGCUGGUGGAUGCCAUCUGCAAUGUCACAACAGUAGGCAGUUUUGAAAAGGGUUUUCUUGAAUUUAGGUGAGUUUGGUGAUGAUGGUUAACCUUUCAUACAGUGCCGUGUUUGGAAAGAGUUUUCUGGCUCUUUGCUUGACUUCCAUUCAUAAGCAAAUUGACUAUCACUCAUGGAAAAGUGUUCAUAUGAUAGUUUGUAAGAGCAAUUCCCUCAAUCAGGCUGAAUAAAUUAUUGCAGUUCCAAAUAAUUUAAUAUGAACUCACCUUUCAAUGUCGAACGCUUACUGAAAUGUUGAUCCUGCCAAAAAAAGGUGAUUGGGAUUAAAUGGUUCAUAAAUUAAGUAAUAUUUUUGCGUGAACUGCUUCUAGUCAGGAAAUGUGAAUAAGACUGUCAGUUUUCCAGUGAUUUUUAAUAUGUGCAAGUGUCUCAGCCCAUAUUCAUAGAGCCACCUAGUUAAAAUAAAAAAUGCACGCUCUAUAGAAUUGAAGGGCCUGAUGUUCAAUAAAGCUCUCUUUAAAAUACUUGGCCAAGUCAAAUAAGAUGUUGGAACAAUCUCUAAAGACCACAAUUAGAAACAUAUUCUGAAUUCAAUGAGCAAGCCAUUUUUACUUUGUGUGCACUUAGCCAUAUUAAUUCACUUCUUCGUUUGGUUUCAGGUUUUUACUUUUCUUUAAAAAUUAACUCAACUGGGUUGUUGUAGGCUUUUUCGGGCUAUAUGGCCAUGUUCUAGAGGCAUUAUCUCCUGACGUUUUGCCUGCAUCUAUGGCAAGCAUCCUCAGAGAUAGUGAGGUCUCUGUAUUUCGUUAUUCAGAGUUGAAUUGCUGCAUAUAAAGCUGUACCAUAAAGCAGAAUAUUCUGUGUUUGACUUGAUGUGCUUGCAUUAAUAACGUCAGGAGAAACGUCAGGAGAAAAUGCCUCUAGACCAUGGCCAUAUAGCCCAAAAAAACCUACAACAAUCCAGUGAUUCCGGCCAUGAAAGCCUUCAACAAUACAUUAACUCAACUGUUUCUAUCCAGCUUCUGUUGUUUCUUAAAUCCAGAGACAACCCCUUACCAUUAUUACUACCAUCAAUACAAUCUUUAGAAUAACUGGUAGCUAAACAUUUCCUAAACACCUAUUAAUUUUCUCAGACAAUUAAAACGAGACCUCACGUUGGACCAUGAAUACAUUUAGAUACCUGCAAUUCCACUUUUAAAAUCAAUAUAUGAAAAGCUUUUUCAUGUCCAGCUUUCCCUUGAUUUCUAAUUAAUACAAUCCAUUUUACAACCAAUCUGCUUUGCCAAAGCAUUUUUCUAUUUAUACUAAAAUGGUUCAGGGAACAAAUCAACACAAAUGAGUUAAACAUGGAAAUGAAAUUAAUGCAUACAAGAGGAAACAGACAACCCCACAGUGACAGAGAAUUAGUGGCUUUGAUUAUUUGUGACUUGCUGCUAGUCUUUCCCACGCUGAAGUAUUGAUUUUCAGCCCUGGAGUAAAGAGAAUAUUUAUACUGUAUUAUUACAGUAGGGUUUUUUUGCACUUUUCCGAGAUGUCCUAGCUAGCAAUGUUGUCAAACACUAUGAAAGGGAUUGUAUAUCAGCUUUGUUAAUGUAUUUAAAAUUUACAAAGGGAUGCUUUAACUUUCAGAGGUAUAUAUUUGAAAUGCAAUUCUGAAACAUUUUUGUGUAUGCAUAUUUAAGCAGAAAAAAAGCUUUUACAUGAAUGUGCACUCCAGUGGUCCAUUGGUUCUAGUAUUUACUUGAAAAAGUGCCAUUUCUUCAUGUUUUUUUUUUCUGUUACUAUUUUCUUUUCCUUUGGUUUGAUACAUUCCUUCAACAUCUGUAUUUCGUUAUUCAGAGUUGAAUUGCUGCAUAUAAAGCUGUACCAUAAAGCAGGAUAUUCUGUGUUUGACUUGAUGUGCUUGCAUUAAUAAAACCGAAAUUGCUUCAGCCAG